UGGGGUUUUUGCUUUGCAGUCAUAUCGCAGCAUUGAUCGUCGACUGCGUCUCAGUGCACGCGAGACGUUGGGUGCAACCACGCAACAUCGGCUGCACGCAUCGGAGCCCAUCAGUUUAACGAUCAGUGUCCAGGCUGCAGGCUCUCCGAGCACUGCAGCGAUGUGGCUAUGCAUCGCACUGCUCGCACCUGCCAUCGCGUGGAGUCCGCCGCGGCCACCGCGCUGCCAUAGAAUAAGACUUCGCGAGGGCGCGUUCCCGGAGCCGGACUUCGCGAGGGGCCGCCAGUCGCUCCGCGGCCUCUGGCGGCUGCAACGGACUUGUGAGGACGAAGGCGACUGCCAAGACAUCGUUGUGAACCUGAAAGCUUCCGGUACCUUCACGGCCACCUCCCAGGGCGACGACGAAGCCAUGAGGGCAUUCGCAGAAAAACUCAACGGCCGGUGGUACUGCGACGGGGAGGAUCAAGAAUUGCGGCUCGCGCGCUUCGAGCGGCAGAGCCCAGUCGAGUGGUAUACGGGCAUGCCCGCUGACCGUGACGCGCCGCUUAGCCGCUACGCGGGCCACGUCACGCUCGGGGCCCACGAGCCCGAGUGGAUUGGACGCUUCACGCUCGCGCCGCUCUGGCCCGAGACGCAUGUCUGGCUGCCGUCGCCACCGCUCAGCGCGCCGAACUUCCGCGCCGACGCCGUCGCCGGACCGCACUACCUCGUCUGGAUGACUGAAGAGGGCGCCGUCUGCUACGACGUCGACCUGAAAGCCGACCUGACGUGGGAGUCGAGCGGAGGCUUCGACGGCGCGGCAGGCGUCGCUGUUUCGCGCUCAAUCACCAACACACGCGGUGCACUCGACGCCGUCGCGUCCCUCGAACGAGCUACUGCGGGAGAAACGCGGCGAGAUCGUGAAUGGCUUGCAAAGGCCGCAUCCGCCUCAAAGCCGGUGUCCCGGCCCGCGCGCCUUGCCGGCACGUGGAACGUCUACGAGGGCGACUUCGACCUGUUCCGCGGCGUCGGCGGCGAGGGCCGGGAGAUCUUCCUCUGGUGCCGGCGGACGGGCUCGCGAGACGCGACGACGAGCUCUGGCGUUUGGAUCGACAGCGACUUGCUCUUCGUAGGGCUCCUCGCGGAGGACGACGACGACGUGGAAAUCGCGUGCGCCUCAGGCAUCGUUUGCGUCGGCUGGACGACGGAGCCGUGCGUCGUCGGCCGCUUCGAGCUGCGGCGCAAGAUGUUAUAGUUGUGUAGUACCAUUCAGUUUUUUUUAGACGCGCCGCGCCCGUCCCGA